AUGGUUAAUGUUCCGGAAGCCGAGGAUAAGGAAAAUCCAGGUUUUCUACCCAUUUACGGUGCAAGCAAAAUAAGGAACGAGUGGCCCUCACUUCUCAUCCUAUAUAUACAUAUCAUUUCCCACCAAUCCCUUCUCACACUACUCUCUCUCCAUACAUUAUCACUAUCUCUUCUCUCUCAUUUCCCUCUCCUCAGAAUGGGAAGUACUGGACAAACCAAUUAUGGAGAAUACACCUAUGAGAAUCUUGAGAGAGAGCCUUACUGGCCAUCAGAGAAGCUGAAAAUUUCCAUCACUGGUGCUGGCGGUUUUAUUGCAUCGCACUUAGCGCGGCGUCUCAAGACUGAGGGGCAUUACAUUAUUGCUUCUGAUUGGAAGAAAAAUGAGCACAUGACUGAGGAUAUGUUCUGUGAUGAAUUCCAUCUUGUUGAUCUUAGGGUCAUGGAUAACUGCCUUACGGUUACUAAAGGGGUUGACCAUGUUUUCAAUCUUGCGGCCGAUAUGGGUGGGAUGGGUUUUAUUCAGUCGAAUCAUUCGGUUAUUAUGUAUAACAAUACUAUGAUUAGCUUUAACAUGAUUGAAGCUGCUAGGAUUAACGGCAUUAAGAGGUUCUUUUAUGCCUCUAGUGCUUGUAUCUACCCGGAAUUUAAACAGUUGGAAACUACUAAUGUGAGCUUGAAGGAGUCUGAUGCAUGGCCGGCUGAGCCACAAGAUGCGUAUGGGCUAGAGAAGCUUGCGACAGAGGAGAUAUGCAAGCACUAUAACAAAGAUUUUGGAAUUGAGUGCCGGAUUGGAAGGUUCCAUAACAUAUAUGGUCCUUUUGGUACAUGGAAAGGUGGAAGGGAGAAGGCUCCUGCUGCUUUUUGUCGGAAAGCGAUCACUUCUACAGACAAAUUUGAGAUGUGGGGAGAUGGUUUGCAAACUCGAUCAUUCACAUUCAUUGAUGAGUGUGUUGAAGGUGUACUUCGACUGACUAAAUCCGACUUCCGUGAGCCGGUAAAUAUUGGAAGUGAUGAAAUGGUCAGCAUGAAUGAGAUGGCUGAGAUCGUUCUUGGUUUUGAUGACAAGAAAACUCCUAUACAUCACAUUCCAGGCCCAGAGGGUGUUCGUGGUCGUAACUCAGACAAUACACUUAUCAAAGAGAAACUUGGCUGGGCUCCAACAAUGAAGUUGAAGGAUGGACUGAGGAUUACUUACAUCUGGAUUAAGGAACAGCUUGAGAAGGAAACGGCUAAAGGUAUCGAUACUUCAGGAUACGGGUCAUCGAAAGUGGUGCAAACCCAAGCUCCUGUGCAAUUAGGCUCGCUUCGUGCAGCAGAUGGCAAAGAAAGUAGUUAA